ACCUAACGUCUUCACUGUUAUACUAUCCUUAUCAGAAGGGUGAGAAAGCAUUAUGAGCUUUUCCUUAAGAUUAGUUAUAACAACAUGAACCCAUUCAAUGUUCUGAGGUCAGAUAAACUCUUAUCACGUUUUUGAUAACAGAACUUGCCUUUCAUAUACUAGCUCAAAGACAUCUCUAAGUGUAGUCUGUGAUUCCACAAGGUAAUGUUCAUACAUGGCAAUGCUGACUAGAAUUAACCCUUCAGAGAAAUGAAUUUCUAAGCCACUCAAUUCAGCAAAAAGCAUUUAAAGUAAUCUAUAUGAAGGGAUAUACAUGAAAGGUAAUGUCCCUGUGCUUGAACACAUCAUAAAUGCCCAGCAGCAGGUUAUAGAAGUAAAUGAAUUUGCAGUUUUAUAUAAUCAAUGGCUUAUGUACUGAGCUAUGUACUUUGCCUUCUUCUGGGACAACAUUUAUGUAUUUGUUGUGAUUUGAAACAAACAAAUAAGAGUCAACUGUGUGAUACUCAAAAACAGUAUAACACUUCAUGCCAUAAGCAGCUUCCACAUAACUUCAGUCCUGAAGACUGUACUUUGAGUUUUGAAAAAAACACUCCACGAUGCCUGUCAGAGAAGAUACCAGUAGAGGAAAUAAAACAGAGCAACCAGACUGUGCAACUCAAGGCUUAUCAAUAUAAUAAUAUUUAUGUUCUGCCUUCAUUUAAUGUCACAAUGACAAAUAUUAAAUGGAAUGCAUUAAAAAUAAAAUUUACAAUUGAUAAUGAAAGUGUUUGCAUUGAUAUUUACAUAACGAAGACCAAAUAUCUCCCACCUGAAUGGUCUAUAUUUUAUGACUGUUUAUGGUACAGUCAAUUGAUUGAAGGCAAAUAUGUACUGUUGGAAUACAUAGCCACAGGGAGCGACUAUAUAGAAGCCAGAACAUUCAGCUUCAUAGCUCCAGCUACCAGCAAAUUGGAUCCAUGCAAUAAAUCUCCAAAUUCUUCUGAAACACUGACAUAUCUGGACCUCACUUUUAGACCAGACCUAACACUUCACAUUCAGAAGUUGCCUGCUCAAUUACAAGUGCAUGAGUAUGAGGUGAAACAAUGUUUCAGCACUGAUUGCAGUAUAGAUCAGAGUUUUGAGGACUGUGUACAUGUAGAAACUAUUGAAGCAGGACCAGAAAAUGUUGAAGAACUAACAGUGCCACUCAACAUAGCUGAGAAGUAUGGACAUUUCUUCUACAUUGUUUAUGCAAACAGCAAGAUAUGUGAGAAUGGAACUUGUAACAUCUCUUGCACUGGAACACUAACAAAUAUUUCAGAUCAAGACUUCAGGACUACGGUGAUAUGGCUGUCUGUGGGACUACUCGUUUUGUUGGCAAUUGGAUUCCUGCUUUGGAAGGUGUACAUUGCUAAAUUAUUAGCAGCAGAAGUUCAUAAUAUGAAUCGCCGCACAGUUCUCCUGCUACAUCAUCCAGUACACAGUGUUCAUACACAUGUAGUGACCUACCUGGCAGAGUUUCUCGAACAGCAUUGUAAAAUAGAUGUUCUACUUGAUGUAAGGGACAUUCAUCAGACUGAACAUAAGGCAAACUCUGCCUCUUCCUUUUGGGGUUGUGUCAUCAGGGGAAAACUGCUGAAGACAUGGGCCUUCCUCAUUCCUGAGCUGAUGUUCAAUGAGCAGAUAUGUCAAUUACUGAUGUAGUCAGUGAUAAAGAUAAGGUUGAUAAGGAUCAUGUUCUUUUGGGCUGUGACAUUGUGUGAUAGUGUAUGUAGACAUCAAUGGUUUGGAGAAACACUCUAUACAUCUUCAGGGAUCAAUUAAGAGGUUUGGAAAGCAGCUACUUUAUACAGGGUCAGUUUAACACUGUCUCCUGGAAUUGAACAUCACAUAGUUGUUAACACACUUGCUUUGCAUUUAGUUGAUAUUUGGCUUAAAAUUCAGGUUCUUAUUUAGUGUCACUAAGUCCCACAACAAAAAUACAGAGAUACUACCUUAGCCCUAUUGCUGUGAUACAUGAUUCUGCUACCUUGUUAGAAGCAUUUUAAGUUGUAUGAACAUGUAAUGUAACAUUAAAACAAUAUAUAUACAUACACAAGAUGUUUCAUAUUAGGCCAUAACCACAUUUUUCCACACCACUUGAUACACAUCUUUGAACAGUGCAAAAUUUUAUAUUUUAUAUUCUAUAAUAAAUUAAUUUUGAAAACUGUCAUUAAAAAGAACAAAAAUGAAUGUAUUUUGCAUGAUCUGUAUGACUCAAAAGUGUAAUUUUGGACUGGAUUAAAAAAAUUAUUUAGAACUGAAAUUUGGCAAGAUUUUCUGUUGUCAAAUCUUUUUACAGUUUCUUGACAGAGAGCAUUUUGAACACACACACAGACACAGGGGAAGCAAACAGUCGA